AUGGAGAACCAGAACCCGGACCACAGGAGCCAAACAGCAGCCUCGUGCUCUGAUAGCACCGAUGUUCAGAAACAGGGAGGAAGAGAGGGACUGGAAAGUCAGCACUGUGACAAACCCUGCACAACAUCUGGAUCUUUAAAGAAUCAUCACACUGCAAAGCGACCGCACAGCUGUGAUCUGUGUGGAAAAGCUUUCCAACGCAAGACUCACCUAAAAAACCAUCAAAGCACACACACUGGGGAGAAACCGUAUACCUGUGAUCAAUGUGGGAAGGGUUUCGCGAGAGCCGGUACCUUAAAAAUGCAUCAACGCAUGCACACUGGAGAGAAGCCGUACAGCUGCGACCAAUGUGGGUCAGCUUUCUCACACAAAAGUCACUUCAAAGUCCACCAGAUGACUCACACUGGAGAGAAGCCGUACAGCUGUGACCAGUGUGACAAAGCUUUUACCACUACCUAUUAUCUAAAAAUCCAUGAACGCACUCACGCUGGGAAGAAACUGCACAGCUGUGAGCAAUGUGGAAUGUCUUUCAGUAGGCGAAAUGCGGUUAUUCGACACCAACGCAUUCAUACUGGAGAGAAACCGUAUUGUUGUGAUUUGUGUGGGGAAAGUUUCGCCCGUGGGAGUGUCCUUAAAAUGCACCGACGUGUUCACACUGGUGAGAAGCCGUACUGGUGUGAGGAGUGUGGGAAAACCUUUUCUCAAAUGUCUACUCUUUUGCUCCACCAGCGCGUUCAUACAGGAGAAAAACCGUACAGCUGUGACAUAUGUGGGAGAGCUUUCUCUAACUCAGGUUACUUAAAAAUCCACCGACGUGUUCACACUGGAGAAAAACCGUACUGGUGUGACCAAUGUGGGAAAACUUUUAUUUCAUCAGCUCUCUUGAAGUUGCACCAACGUGUUCACACAGAAACCUGCUCCAAGUAGUUUUUUGUAGCCAAUCAAGCUGUUUCCUCCCGCCUUCUUCUCAUCAUCUUGUCAAUGCUGUUGAGUUAAGAGUUGAGGAGCUCAGUUGGUUUAUCAUCGUCCACACUUUGUACAGCCUGAAGUGCCCUCACAGAGGUAAAGCAGGUCUGGGAUUUUGAUACAAGGAUUUGACAACAAGAAUCCAGCUUCAACUAAAGAUCAGAAUCAUUUGAGAACAUUUAUCUUGUCUUAACUCAAGGUACUCUUACUAGCAAUCUCUGUAGGUUUCACCCCAGUGAGUCUACUUUGCGAGGCUGAACGGGCAAGAGUCUUCAAAUCACAAGAAAGGAGCACCUGCCACAAAUCUUUCAAAGUCCCAAAUGAAAUUUCCGGUUUAUUUCAACCUGACGGCACCUCCGUUUGACAGAUUUGGUGAAAUGAGGACUCACAAUAACAUUGACAUCAAGGCGAGGAGCAUGAUGCAGACUCAGAGCCAAGAGGUUAGCAUGACCGAGAGUCACAGUGGCCACAUAUAUGGAAAAUACAUCUGGUAUUUGAGGUAUCUGCAUCUACACUGUCUCUUUAUAGUCGUUUGGCCUCUCUUUGAUCCCUGAGCCUGGAUUCAAUAAGCCAUCUACGAGUUGACAACAGGAGAAAGAUCAAGGAGGACAUUCACAUCUGACACCAGAGAGCAUCUGUGAAAGGAGACAGAGGUGACCAUCUCCACCUGAACACAAGUGAUUUUCAGAUGCGGACGUGGACGAUUAUGAAUCUAUUCACAAAUGUCAAUAAUCGAUUAUCUAGAGUUUACUUGAUAACGUAAUGUUGACGGAACGAAAAAGGUGAAACUCGGAAAUGAGAACACAACAGAAACGUGUGGUUCUCCCUGCUAUUAAAAUUUCACAUGAUUAAUUAAAUCAAUGCGUUCCUCACGUUAAUGAUUUUCACCCGCACAGUGCGGGUGAAAAUCAUUAACGGUGCGGGCGGCACACUGUGCAACACGGCAGCGCUUAGCGAGCGUCUUCUGCUCAUUCUUCAAAUGACAGUUACGUGACAGGAGACGGUGAAAACGAGCGGAGCAGAGGAAAAGAUGAGCGUUUCAGUCUGGCUAUAAAUGUACGGUGUAGGUCACAGCGUGUCCGUUUAUUAAAGUCUAGUUUUCCAGCUACUAGGAAGGCAGCUGGCGCUUGCAAACAUCUCUUCAGACUGCGGUCUGGAAGCUGAGCAGGAUGUUAUUUGGCUGCUGUGAAGUUGGUUUGUUGUUGUUUUGUGAGCUUCAUACAUAUUUUCUUAUUAUGUUGUAGUUAAACAUAUUUUCCUUCUUUGUGGAAUUUUCAUUUAAUCUUUAUUUUAUAUCUCUUGUUUUUAUUUUCUUUUGUGUAUAUUUUAUUGGCUCAACACAGAUCGUUGAUGCAUUUCCUGUUCCUGCAUUGCAGUUUUUGACGUUUUAACUUUUUUAGUAUUGCACACAUGUUCAGUUUUAUUUCCUGAACGCUGUUUGCGUUCUGUCUCUGUUUAACUUGCAUCCUGCCAGGGUUAGUGCUGUAAUAAUCUGAGCUGGAGACUUGAUACUUUUCUAUAUUCUCAUUUAAUCAUCUAGUUGACAAUAGUUCUUAUUCCCAGCUUUUAACAGCAGAAAUACUGGUUUUAAAUUUCACCUUAAUGACUUUGAAGCUGAAGAAAUGAACCCUAGUCUGACAGUGAGGGGACUCUUUGCCUAUCAAAAGAAGGCCACUACCGUUGCUGACUGGGUGAUUGUCUUAUUUAAGACGCGUGCACUACGGGAUCCGAUGUUGCCAGUGCAGGUUGUUCCUUAUGAGGAGAACAUUUGGCCCAAAUGAUGAUUGCAAGAUGAAAAUGCAGAUAUCAUUCCAGAGGGUGGCGGGAACAACGUCUCCAACAAAAUUGAUCAGUUAUCUCUCAAAUUAAAUACCAUUGAAUAUCAAUACAAUCUUAAGUCUAAAUGUUCACUGAUUCUAGUUUAUCAAUUAGCUAAUUUGAGUGACUUUGAGGAUUCUUGAGUAAUCUUUAGGAAUUUU